AUGGUGGGCAAGAAAUCGGGCAAGGCUCUUCGGGACGAGGGUCUGGAGCGAACGGACAACAAUAUGGACCUGUCGAGUUGGCCGCAAAUCGCGGCCAUCAACCAGAAGAAUUACUACACUGACUACCUCAAGAGAGAUGAUCAGUACCUGGCGUUCCGGCUUCAGAAUGAAGAGGCGCGAACCAAGAUGGCCAAAAAUGCGAAAGAUCGAGACCGUGCCCUCGCCAUGGCGAAGCCCGAAGUAACGGAGGCCGAAGCGGAGGCAGAUGGCGAAGCGACCAUGGAGGACGCCGAGGAGACACCCGCCGAGGCCAUUGGAUCGAAGGUGAUUGUCAUCCACGUUGGUAGCCAGAACUUGCGAAUUGGUUUGUCGAGCGAUGCCCUGCCCAAAACGGUGCCCAUGGUGAUUGCGCGCAAGUCGGCCACGAAUGAGAGCGAAGACCAUGAUGAGCCUAAACCAAAACGGAUGAAGCGGGAAGACGGCUCCGCGGAGGACCCAGAGAAUCAAUUUGGACCUGAGUGGUCUGCUGAGUUCAACAGGAUGUCUUCCGAUCUCAAAGUACGCAUGCGACAAAACAAACGACGCAUGUUGCCAAACUCCAAGGAAAUGGUUGUGAACUUCAACCGAAGGACCUCCCCAGAGACCAUCUCCGAACAUAAUGACCCAUCUCGCGUCGAGUGGACUGAGCUGUCUAAUCCCCCGCCAGAAUACAUCGUCGGACAAGACGCACUGAGGAUCCCCGACUCGUCAAACCCCAGAUACAAGCUAUAUUGGCCAAUCCAAAAUGGAUGGUGCAAUGAGCAAGACUACCAGAGCAAGAGAAUGCUUUUCUUGGAUAUUUCAUUGAUUCUCGAAAACGCGAUUCAAACUCAACUGGGCCUGACGAGUAAGAAGGAAUGGCCUCAGUAUUCGUGCGUCUUCGUUAUUCCGGACCUAUAUGACAAGUCAUACGUCACACAGGUUCUGGACAUGCUAAUGCGCGAGUUUGCAUUUGCCCGAGUAUGCUUCAUCCAGGAGAGUCUGGCGGCAACCUUCGGCGCCGGCUUCACCUCGGCCUGUGUGGUCGAUAUCGGAGCCCAGAAGACAUCUAUCUGCUGUGUGGAGGAGGGUAUGUGCAUUGAGAACUCGAGAGUGAACUUGAAAAUGGGUGGCCAAGAUGUGACCCAAGCUUUUGUCAAAAUGAUGCUGCAUGAUCAUUUCCCAUACGCCGACAUCAAUCUUUGGAGGCGUUACGACUUUUUGUUGGCCGAAGAGUUGAAGAAAAGUCUUUGCACAAUGAGCGAAGCCAGCGUUUCUCCUCAAGUGUUUGAUUUCCAUCUUCGUGUGUCUGGUCAGGAUACUCAGAAGCACACUUUCAAGGCAUUCGAUGAAGUACACUUGGCCCCAAUGGGUUUCUUCGAGCCGACCAUCUUUGACAAUGACGAAAAGCUCGGCGGCCGACGGAAGCUGAUCGAACGAUCCGUCGAUAUCUACGAUGGCCAGCCCAAUGACCCCGUUUCCGGCGCUCAGUCAGAAAUUAUGACUGCUCUCGCGCCUGCAAUACCGGCUAGUGAAAAGACGAAUGGAGAAGCACAGGCUGCACCUACCGACGCGCAAGCAACGCCCGCCCGACCUCAACAGCCGAAUGCAAUCGGCCGAGUCCAGGAACAAGAGGCUACUCCUCACUCUUCUGUUGCUGGAUCCCCGGCACCUGAGGCUGCACCAACUCCUCAGGCUGCCGGAGCUGGUAGUUCUGCGGCACCUGCACCCGCUGCUCAACCUGCCCGCCCCGCUGUGGAAUACAGAGACGAUAUCCUUCCAGUUUAUGCUUUGGACAACGCAAUUCUGACAUCGAUUGCUCACGCCGCCCGCUCCGAUGAGAAGAAGAUGCGUGAUUUCAUCGGUGGAAUUAUGAUUGUCGGUGGUGGUAGCCUCACUACUGGCUUCAACCUCUUCCUAGAGGAACGGUUGCAAAUCCUUCGUCCUGGGUUCGCUAAAGAAAUCAUGAUCGGUGUACCACCGAGAGACCUAGAUCCUCAAGUGGUGGUCUGGAAGGGUGCUAGUAUCUUUGGCAAGCUGAGCGGAACUAACGAUAGCUGGAUCGGCCAGUUGGAGUAUGAUCGGUUAGGGCACCGUCUACUGGCUUACAAGUGCAUGUGGGCCUACUAA